CUCUUUUACGCUUUAGCCUACUUUUUUUUUUUCUUCUUCUUCUUUGCCUCUUUUUUACUCCCACUCACUUCCCUUCAUUUUCUUUUCGGGCGCGACUCCCAACCAGCAACCUCACCAUCACAUUUGCUUGUCCACUUUGUGACGUAUACGAUAACACAAAAAAAACAGUUACAUACGUUCACACCACACGCAGCGGCAGCACAGCAGUCCAUUUGUACUUUUGCAUUCGGAAAUUAUGGUGCAAUAUUCAGAAGCAUUUCUGACGACUCGACCCAAAGACGGGUUGGACAUUGUACAAGAGCAUAUGAAGGCUGGAAGAACUAUUGACGAAGAGUUUGCACACUAUUUUAAAGAAAGGGCGUUCAUUGAAGACCAGUAUGCAAAAAGUCUCGUCAAAGCAUCGAAAAGGCUAUUCGUCAUGGACAAAGGAAGCCUAGGCACCUUUGCUCCGGUUUGGGAUCUAUUGUUCAAUGAAUUCACAGAAAUAUCAACGGCCCAUGCCAUGCUUAGUUUCAAGAUUGCAGAAGAAAUCGAAAAGCCACUGAGAUCUCCCCCUUCGUCCGAGCAUGGCAAAGUGAAAGCGGCCGAAGCGACGUUUCAUCGCAUGUCAAAAGACUAUGAAGAGCACGCCAGAAAGUCCAAGGAUAAAGGCACUUUGUUCAAGCGAGGCAAUAAGGAUAGUUCAAAGCGCGGACUGGAAAAUGCGGCAUCGAUGUGGUACAAGGAUGGUCCUGCAUUUCUAAAGCAUCAUCAACAAUUGGAAGAAGCACGAUUACAGCGCUUGAAGUCGCUUGUCGAAAAAUUCGAGCAAAUACAGACGGACCAAAUGUUGAAACGAAUGGAGAUUGCAAAUAUUACCAUGUCAGCGGCGACGGCUUAUGAUGUGCCGAAUGAAAUCGAUGAGUUUUGCAAGACACGUGGCAGGAAUCUUCAAAAGGCCACGCCAAGCAAUGAUUUACAAAGACCGAGUCAUGGCGAUCGACAAGGCAGUGGAAGUAUUGUAACUUCAUCUACCACCACCACCACCACAAGUUCUCCAGGAGGAUCACCACGACCAGCACAAAAGACGAGUAGAGUGAAAUCAGCCUUUUCCUUACGACGAAAGACACGAAACGGCUCUGCUUUGAGACUUCCUGAUACCAAUGCCUUUGGACCCAUUGAUGAGGAGUCAAAUGCGAAUGGGGGUGCACAACAUGUACAGCGACCGCCUUCUCCUUCAAACAGUAGAGGAUCCUACCAUGUACCACGCAGCGAAAACGAAAGGAAUGUUUCGUCGCCGUCGCCACAACCACAAUCACAGUCGGUCGCAAGCACACACUCUGUUGAGCAAUCAUCUUUUCAAGCUCAAACAAAUCAGUCACCGUCAGUAGAUGCUGAAGGAUACUCGGUUCCACCACCCGACCGAUCUGAAUAUUCAGCAGCUUUGAAUGACAACAACAGCGGAUUUGAUGGAGAAUCUACCAGCGACUCGCAACGAUUCAAGAUAGAUAUUCACAAUGAUGCGAUUGAUACUGGUAACAAACAAGAAGCAGAUGCGACAUUGACACGGGUGGCAUCACUUCUUCGAGAUAAAACACCAUCGGUAUCUCGACGACCGCGUGGAAGACGAGAAAACAUCCGAAGCAUGCAGAUUGAAUCUGGACUGUACAGCAAUCAAGGGUCGCAAGUGUUCAAGAACGACGAGCCCAUGGGGUCGUCGACAGUAUCAUCGACAGCCACAACACCGACACAUCCUUUCCAUCAAAACUCAUUUGAAGUUUCGACACCCACAAGUGCAUCCUCUGUGUCACACAGUCCUGCCAUGUCGCAUGAAAGUCCCAGCCAACUCCGAUCUCUUUCUGAAACAGGAGGACAACAACCACAGAUCCAUGCAUCGAUCGUCGAACUAACCGAACGAGACCCGCAGGCGGGCAAUGACGGUCCGAUCCAGAUCCACGGACAAAUCAAACUCGUCUACAAUGGCCCACCCUCCCCACCCACCGCACCGCUUCUUGUACGACUCGGCCAUCUAGGCCAAGAGGCAACAUUUUCUGCCAAUCCGCAAUAUGUCGAACCGUACAACAACGAACCCGACAUGUAUGCGCUCAAGGUGGAAGCUUUUGAAGGACGACGUCGACAACCUGUACCUUGCUUCCAGUACCAGCUCCAGACGUCUGUGGUAGACUUGCCGAUCCAACUCAAGCCUGCUUGGAAAUGCACAGACGACACGACGUAUCUGAUCGUCAACUAUACAACCAACCCGGCUCAAUGUGUGCCGCCAAAGAGCCAGUUUGCUGUCUGUGUCAAAUUCGAUAAAGUGCCUGUCACUCAUGUUCAGAGUACGCCGCAAGGAGCGUGGGAUACUGGCAAAAGACAGUUAACGUGGAUGACAGAUGCCAUUGUCACUCAGGAGGGCAGUCAGAAACAGCCACGGCUGUUGGCCAAGUUCAAUACAGCUGAAAAGGGAUCGCCUGUGCCGACAAUACUGAAGUACUAUCUCAAGGAUACGCUAAUGACCAACAUGUCAAUUGAGGCUGUGCCGGCGUCUGGAUCUACGCUGCAAGUCAAACAGGUGCAAACGGUGGUUCGUUCUGAUAGGAUUGCGUUUGCAUAAAAAAAUGACUAAUAGCACAGCACCCCGCCAUUUCCCUAUUUCGUUACUAUUACUAUCGGUAUUAUUUAUUGCUUAUUAUCUUUUGGUCCACCCCUUCCCUUUUACUUGAGCUAUCUAUCCAUCCACAUCCCAACCCUACACCGCCUAAUGCCAGCAACCAUUACAAAGUAAUGUUGCGCUUUCUCCCCACCGUCAACCCUUUCAUUGCAACAUUUUUUUCUUCAUAUAUGUACGAGUAUCACUUAAUAAAUGCACUUUUCGAG